AUGCAGAACAGUCACAGUGGCGUAAACCAGCUCGGCGGUGUGUUUGUUAAUGGCAGACCGCUGCCGGAUUCCACCAGGCAGAAAAUAGUUGAACUUGCUCACAGCGGUGCUCGACCCUGCGACAUCUCCAGGAUACUGCAGACCCAUGAUGAAGUCCAAGUGCUGGACAGUGAAAAGGUGUCCAACGGCUGUGUGAGCAAGAUCCUGGGCAGGUAUUAUGAAACUGGCUCCAUAAGACCGAGAGCAAUAGGCGGCAGCAAGCCCCGGGUCGCCACUCCAGAGGUGGUCGCGAAAAUCGCGCAGUACAAGCGGGAGUGUCCAUCUAUCUUUGCGUGGGAGAUCCGUGACAGACUCCUGUCGGAGGGGAUCUGCACCAACGACAAUAUCCCCAGUGUGUCAUCGAUAAACAGAGUCCUCCGCAACCUGGCUAGUGAAAAGCAACAGAUGGGCGCAGAUGGCAUGUAUGACAAGCUGAGAAUGCUCAACGGUCAGACAGGAACUUGGGGGACCCGGCCCGGCUGGUACCCCGGAACAUCAGUGCCAGGGCAGCCCAACCAAGAUGGCUGCCAACAACAAGACGGUGCAGGAGAGAACACAAACUCCAUCAGCUCGAACGGGGAGGAUUCAGAGGAGACUCAGAUGCGACUGCAGCUCAAGAGGAAACUACAGAGAAAUCGCACGUCCUUCACACAGGAGCAAAUUGAAGCUCUGGAAAAAGAAUUUGAAAGAACUCAUUACCCAGACGUUUUCGCGCGAGAGAGACUAGCAGCGAAAAUCGACCUGCCCGAAGCAAGAAUACAAGUAUGGUUCUCAAAUAGAAGAGCAAAGUGGAGGCGAGAGGAGAAGCUGCGGAACCAGCGCCGGCAGGCCAACAACUCCUCCAGUCACAUUCCCAUCAGCAGCAGCUUUAGCACCAGCGUCUACCAGGCCAUCCCACAGCCCACUACACCGGUGUCUUUCACCUCGGGGUCAAUGCUGGGUAGACCUGACUCUGCACUCACGAACACCUACAGUGCGCUGCCCCCCAUGCCCAGCUUCACCAUGGCAAACAAUCUACCUAUGCAAAAUCCUGUUCCCAGCCAGACCUCCUCUUAUUCCUGCAUGCUGCCUACCAGUCCGCCUGUGAACGGGCGGAGCUACGACACAUACACGCCCCCUCAUAUGCAGGCACAUAUGAACAGCCAAUCAAUGACCACUUCUGGUACCACCUCAACAGGACUCAUCUCUCCUGGAGUGUCUGUCCCUGUCCAAGUCCCAGGGAGCGAGCCUGACAUGUCUCAGUACUGGUCAAGACUACAGUAGAGAGAAGAGCUACUUCACCCUGUAACCACCCACUCC